AUGUUCCGUGAUGUCUUUGCCAAGUGGUUGUAUGCUGACAUGGAGGUUGAAGAGUUUGAGUGUGAAUGGGCACAGGUUGCUGAACAGUAUGGGUUACUUAAUAAGUAUUGGGCGUUACAGUUGUAUGAAAAGAGGAAGAUGUGGGCAAAUGCGUACUUGCGUCGCAAGUUUUGCGCUGGGUUUCGCACGACGUCACGGUGUGAGGGCAUCCAUUCCCAUCUAAAAAAAUUUCUGUCGUCUAGGCACAGUAUUCUAGAACUUGUGCAGAAUCUGGAGCUACUAGUACGGGAGUACCGGAAUAGUGAGCUGGUUGCACAGUUCAGUUCAAUUUACGGUGUUCCCGUUAUGAUGACCCGUCUUGAUCCCAUCGAACAGUUUACUGCAUCGGUGUACACGAAGGUCAUCUUCACACAAGUGAAGAAGGAGAUUGAGUCUAUCUCGGUCGUUAACUUCGUAAGCAAACGAAGGGUCUCAACAACCAUGGUGUACACGGUUGAGGAGUAUGGAUUCUCCGGUCAGAAUGUGGUGGCAUUGUACGAUCCAAAAAGAGAUAGGUUGGUAUGUCGAUGUGGAUUUUGGGAGAAAGAAGGUUUUCCUUGCAGGCAUAUGUUUUUUGUCAUGAAGCACGAGCACGUAAAAAGAAUUUCCAAAAGCUUGAUUUUGAGACGAUGGAGGAAGGAUGUGAAGACAGUCAACGAAUACACUAAGAAGACGGGACUAGAGGAUGAGCGGGGUUUCUUGUUGAGACAUGGAGCCCUGCAUACUGCUUCGCAUUGGAUGUUGUUCGUCGGAUCUAAAAACGACGAUCUGUACAAGAAAUGCAUGAAAGGGAUCAGGCAAAUAUGCUGUGAUCUAGAAGCCCGCAGCGGCAAUGACAUGAUGGAUAGGAGUCCGAACGCUGCCUGUGCUGUUCGGGAUCCAACCGUUGUUUCUCCGCACUUUAACCUACACGCUGAUCAAGGCAAACGGUUAGAAGAGGGAGAUGAUCAUCGCAGUGAGCAAGAUGGCGGAGAUAACGACAGAUGGGACCAUGUAAUAGGCACAGCGCAAAGCCAAACCAGGAACAUGGGCGGAGUGGGUAAUACCGUCGACUGGAACAUAGAGAACAUGCUUUGUGGCAGGGAUGGUGUUUGGGAAUUUCUUGAUGAUAUUUCAUGGCGCUGUGUUGGAAAUAUUGCGUUUGUUACAAGAUCGCUGCUGAAAGUAUUGAGCACAUGGUGUUCUUUGUAUGGCUGGAAAAACAUUUUAUACGUUACCAACUUUUUAAGGGUUCUGAAUUUCCUUGGUUUGUAUUCUGUUAAUUCGGUUGAUACCCGGAAUCGUGCAGCUGCAUCCAAGUUAGCAUGA